CAAACUUCUAACUUUAAGUUCUAACACAAGUGUUCCUGGACGAGACAUCCUGCACGAAGCAACCAGCAAGUGCUCGACUGUGGAACAAUCACCAGAAAUGCAAGGGGCGGCGCUAUGGUCGCUACUGAGGGGGUGACCACUGGCCAGCCAACACUUUUGAGACAAUCUGAGGCAUGGACACUUGCGUCGAGUUGAUGGAAUGUUAUGACAAUUGGACGUCAGAAUUCGUAGUGCUGUAAACUGACCACCUGGGUCAUUAGCUAUUCAAACAAGAGGCUCUGAAGAGGACCCACAGAGAUAAUGGCUGCAAAUGGAGGGGCGCCGGGGAACCUCAUGGAUCUUAUGGAUCACACCCCUGCGCAAUCAGGCAAGAAAGCGGAGAAGAGCUCAAAGAAGGGUGCGUCUUCUUCUGGCCUCCCGGUUGAUGGAGUGCCGCCCCAAGCCAGCAAGGCGCAAGCGCCCCCUGCAGACGCGAAGAAGAAGAAGCCUAUCUCUUACGGACAGCUGGCGAAGUCAGUCAUCGAACUGGCGGCCAGUGGGGAUCAGAAAACCACUCAGAAGCAGCUUGUGAGCAGCAUCUUCCCCAAGCUUUCCGUCUUCAGCACAGUGGACAUACAACUGGUGCCUGCUUUCUUGAAGCUCCUCCAAGUUGAAGACCGCGCGACCCUUCGGUAUGUCUUCUACUACCUGGGCCGCAUCCUGGGAGAGGUCGGGACCUCUAAAAGCGCCCCGCAAACGCCUGGCACCGCUGGUCCGAACUGGGAAGCUCUAGGGGGUUCGUCGACUCCAACCGCUGGAGACAAAACCGAGCUGAUCAACCAGGUGGUUAACAAGCUGGCGGAGGAGGCCGGGAAGAAGGAUCCCGCAUCUCAUGGGCGGCGGGUGGCUGCUUUGAGCGCUCUGGCCCACGCGCCGCCGUUCCUGGAGGGCGCCAUGCGCAAGCUGGCGCAGGCGGCGUUUGAGAUGCUGGCACAGGUAAAUGAUGGGUCCAAACUGAAACGCGCCAAGCGGGGGAUCUUUGGAAGAUCCUCAAUCGACAAGGAAACUGCGCUUCGAGCGAACCUGCAGUACGCGGCCCUGGCGGCUCUCCGGAGGCUGCCGGCAGACCCUGGGAAUCAGCAGCUCCUCAACUACUCUGCGCAGGGAGUUGGUGCAGCUGACCCGGUCGCUGCAAGGCAUGCGCUUGCGAUCCUCUGCACGCUGGCCAUUGCAAACCCAACUGGCGUCGCCUCGGCUCUCUCAAAGAUGUCCAAAGAUGGUUCGAUCUCCCUUGGCGAGCAAGUCCAAUGCCCCGACGUGUUCGCGCGCGUCUACCUCGCCCGGCUCAGCUCCAUCCUCCUGUUCGCCCCCUCGCUGGCCCGGCCCGACCUGCAGUCGCAGUUUGGCGCGCUACUCUUCAAGCUCAUCCUGGAUCCCAGCACAAAGGUGUCGCUCGAAGCCAUCAACUGCAUGGUGGGCAGCAUCAACGGCGAGGGAUCCCCCGACGCUCGCGCCCACGCCUGGAUGCUUCUUCAAAAGGCCUCGAUGGUGGUCGAGAACGGGGGCGAAGAGCCGAAGCCGAAGAAGGGCGCUGCAGCGGCAGCGCCGACGGUGAAGACCGUUGAACCGGUGCUCUCGGUCGCGGCCCAAAGGCUUGAGUACAUCCUCCGCUCAGAGUCUCGCCCCGCCCUGCAUGCCGCCUGCCGGGCUGUCGCCGAGUGGGGUCGCGCCCGAGCGUAUGCUGGUAACUACGCUGACGAGCCUGCAGCUCCAGCGGAAAAGGUCGAGGUGCCCGCUGACACCGGGCUCUUUGCAGAUCUGGACUUCAGGU